AUGGGCGCCCGGGGCCGCAGGAUGCUGCUGCCGCUGCUGCUGCCGCUGCUGCCGCAGCUGCCGUGGCUGCUGCUCCUGGCUCCCGAGACCCGGGGCGCGCCCGGCUGCCCGGUCCCCAUCCGCAGUUGCAAGUGCUCGGGGGAGCGGCCCAAAGGACUCGGCGGCGGCGCACCCAACCCGGCGCGCCGGAGGGUGGUGUGCGGCGGCGGGGACCUCCCGGAACCCCCCGACCCCGGUCUCUUGCCCAAUGGCACCGUGACGCUGGACCUGAGGAACAAUGUCAUCAGCACAGUACAGCCUGGUGCCUUCCUGGGUCUGGGGGAACUGAAGCGCUUAGAUCUCUCCAACAACCGGAUUGGCUGUCUCACCUCAGAAACCUUCCAAGGCCUCCCCAAGCUUCUCCGACUAAACAUCUCUGGAAAUAUCUUCUCCAGCCUGCAGCCUGGUGUCUUUGAUGAGCUGCCAGCCCUGAAGCUUGUGGACUUUGGCACAGAGUUUCUGACAUGUGACUGCCACCUGCAAUGGCUGCUGUCCUGGGCCCAGAACCACUCCCUGCAGCUGUCUGACCGCACGCUCUGCGCCUACCCCACUGCCCUGCACGCCCAGGCCCUGGCAGGCCUCCAGGAGACCCAGCUCCACUGUGAAGGGGCCCUAGAGCUGCAUACACACCACCUCAUCCCGUCCCUGCGCCAAGUGGUGUUCCAAGGUGACCGUCUUCCCUUCCAGUGCUCUGCCAGCUACCUAGGCAACGACACCCGCAUUCGCUGGUACCACAACCGGGCCCCCGUGGAGGGGGAUGAGCAGGCAGGCAUCCUCCUGGCCCAGAGUCUUAUCCAUGACUGCACCUUCAUCACGAGUGAGCUGACCCUGUCUCACAUCGGCGUGUGGGCCUCGGGCGAAUGGGAGUGCUCCGUGUCCACGGUCCAGGGCAACGUCAGCAAGAAGGUGGAGAUUGUGGUGCUAGAGACCUCCGCCUCCUACUGCCCUGCUGAGCGUGUGGCCAACAACCGUGGGGACUUCAGGUGGCCUCGAACUCUGGCUGGCAUCACUGCCUACCAGUCCUGCCUCCAGUACCCCUUCACCUCUGUCCCCCUGAGUGGGGGCACCCCAGGGACUCGAGCAUCUCGCCGCUGCGACCGAGCUGGCCGCUGGGAGCCGGGGGACUAUUCCCACUGUCUCUACACCAACGACAUCACCCGGGUGCUCUACACCUUUGUGCUGAUGCCCAUCAACGCCUCCAAUGCGCUGACCCUGGCCCACCAGCUGCGAGUGUACACAGCGGAGGCCGCCAGCUUCUCUGACAUGAUGGACGUGGUCUACGUAGCGCAGAUGAUCCAGAAAUUUCUGGGUUAUGUGGACCAGAUCAAAGAGCUGGUGGAGGUGAUGGUGGACAUGGCCAGCAACCUGAUGCUGGUGGAUGAGCACCUGCUGUGGCUGGCCCAGCGCGAGGACAAGGCCUGCAGCGGCAUCGUGGGUGCUCUAGAGCGCAUUGGGGGGGCUGCCCUGAGCCCCCAUGCCCAGCAUAUCUCUGUGAAUUCAAGGAACGUGGCAUUGGAGGCCUACCUCAUUAAACCUCACAGCUAUGUAGGCCUGACCUGCACGGCCUUCCAGAGGCGAGAGGCAGGAGCUCUGGGCGCUCGGCCCAUCGGCCCCGGCCAGCACCUGCUGCAUGAGCCUGAGACACUGGCUGAUCAGCAGCUUCGUUUCCGCUGUACUACAGGGAGACCCAACAUUUCUCUGUCAUCCUUCCACAUCAAGAACAGCGUGGCCCUGGCCUCCAUCCAGCUGCCGCCCAGUCUCUUCUCAUCCCUCCCGGCUGCCCUGGCUCCCCCAGUGACCCCUGACUGUACUCUGCAACUGCUCAUCUUCCGAAAUGGCCGUCUCUUCCGCAGCCAUGGCAACACCUCCCGCCCAGGAGCCCCUGGCAAGAGACGUGGGGUGGCCACACCAGUCAUCUUUGCAGGAACCAGUGGCUGUGGCGUGGGGAACCUGACAGAGCCAGUGGCUGUUUCUCUGAGGCACUGGGCAGAGGGGGCUGAACCCGUGGCAGCCUGGUGGAGCCAGGAGGGCCCUGGGGGCUGGAGCUCAGAGGGCUGCCAGCUUCGCUCCAGCCAGCCCAAUGCCAGCUCCCUGCACUGCCAGCACUUGGGCAAUGUAGCUGUUCUCAUGGAGCUGAGUGCCUUCCCCAGAGAGGCUGGGGACUCGGGGUCAGGGCUUCACCCUGUUGUGUACCCCUGCACGGCCCUGCUGCUGCUCUGCCUCUUCUCCACCAUCAUCACCUACAUCCUCAACCACAGCUCCAUCCACGUGUCCCGGAAGGGCUGGCACAUGUUGCUAAACCUGUGCUUCCACAUGGCCAUGACCUCAGCAGUCUUUGCGGGAGGCAUCACACUCACCAACUAUCAGAUGGUCUGCCAGGCGGUGGGCAUCACUCUGCACUAUUCUUCACUGUCCACUCUUCUCUGGAUGGGUGUCAAGGCCCGAGUCCUCCACAAGGAGCUCACCUGGAGGGCGCCCCCUCCACAAGAAGGAGAUUCUGCCCCGCCUGCUCCCCGCCCCAUGCUCCGUUUCUACUUGAUGGCUGGAGGGAUUCCGCUCAUUAUCUGUGGCAUCACAGCUGCUGUCAAUAUCCACAACUACCAGGACCACAGCCCCUACUGCUGGCUAGUGUGGCGCCCAAGCCUAGGAGCCUUCUACAUCCCGGUGGCUUUGAUCCUGUUGAUCACCUGGAUCUAUUUCCUGUGCGCGGGGCUGCAUUUACGGGGUCCUCUGGCACAGAACCCCAAGGGGGGCGCCAGCAGGGUCUCCCUGGAGCCAGGGGAGGAGCUGAGGGGUUCCGGCAGACUCAGAAGCAGCGGCCCCCUGUUGAAUGACUCAGGUUCCCUUCUGGCUACCGGGAGCCUUGGGGUGGCAACACCUGGGCUCCAGGAAGAUGGGGAUGGCCUCUAUUCUCCGGGGGUACAGCUGGGGGCGCUGGUGACCACGCAUUUCUUGUACCUGGCCAUGUGGGCCUGCGGGGCUCUGGCUGUGUCCCAGCACUGGCUGCCCCGCGUGGUGUGCAGCUGUUUGUACGGGGUGGCAGCCUCCGCCUUGGGCCUCUUCGUCUUCACUCACCAUUGUGCCAAGCGCAGGGACGUGAGGGCUUCCUGGCGUGCCUGCUGCCCGCCUGCCUCAGCCUCCCACGCCACCCCUCGGGCGGUGCCCGCUGCCCCCGAGGACGGUUCCCCAGUUUUCGGGGAGGGUCCCCCCUCCCUCAAAUCCUCCCUGAGCACCAGCAGCAGCCACGCGCCGCCCCCGGGCCCCUGCAAGCUCACCAACCUGCAGCUGGCGCAGAGUCAGGUGUGCGAGGCCGGGGUGGUGGCCAGGGGGGACGGGGAGCCGGUGCCCACGGGCUCUCGGGGCAGCCUCACCCCUCGUCACCCCAACAACCUGCAUCAUGGCCGCCGGGUGCACAAGAGCCGGUCCAAGGGCCACCGCGUCGGGGAGGCGGGCGGCAAGAACCGGCUUAAGGCCCUGCGCGCGGGUGCGGCGGCCGCGGGAGCACCCGAACUGCUGUCGAGCGAGAGCGGCAGCCUGCACAACAGCCCCUCCGACAGCUACCCGGGCAGCAGCCGCAACAGCCCCAGCGCGGGCCUGCAGCCGGAGGGCCCGGGCGAGCCUGCACUCACGCUGUCCGAGGGCAGCGACACCAGCGCCGCGCCGCUUCCCGAACCCGGCCGGCAGGGCCAGCGACGCAGCUGCAGCCGCGACAACCUCAAGGGCGGCGGGGCCGGCGCGCUGGACAAGGAGAGCAAGCGCCGCUCCUACCCGCUCAACUCCGCCUGUCUCAAUGGCGCCCCCAAGGGGACCAAGUACGACGACCUCACCCUGGCCGGUGCCGAGGCAACCAGCGGCGGCUGCAUGAAGACCGGCCUCUGGAAGAGCGAGACCACCGUCUAGGGUGAGAGCCGGGUCACGGACAUUCUUCCUGCACCGGGGACAGUCAACCGACACCGGCAGGCCCACUUCUCCUCGGGGCGGGGGUGGCUCAAAGACGUCUGUCGGUACGUACGUCGUGGCAGGUCUAAGGCACCCCCCCUCACCUUUAGUCCUGGAAGCUGGAGGGAGAGGACAGACAAUUUAACACCUGGGACACGAAGUGUUUGGCUCCAGCCUAGACUAACUAGCUUUGGGCAGUUAAAGGUGCUGGGUGGAGGUGGAGGAUGGAACACACAGCCCAGGCGGGCUCUUUACUCACUCCCCAAACAGAACUCCACACCCACACGGCCUGACGGUCCUCAGGCUAGUCAGGAAAACCAUGGGAGCGUGAAAACUGCCCUUAGAAGCUGGCCACCUGUAUCCAGAUCCUAGGGCCUCUCCCCUAUCCAGUUUGUGACUAACUAGGGAGCCAUCCUAAAUGAGCCAGGUGACCAGGACCAAUGGGAGGUGGUGGCAGAGUGCAGUUUUCUGGAUUAAUUAUGCAAGGAGAGAGAAGAGAGAGGGUAGCAUGGUGUGAGAGGCAGCUUUGAAAAUGGGGCAGGGUGGGGUGGAGAGCACAAUGAUGAAGGCAUCAUUCCCAUGGGGUGGUUCUCAAACCACAAGCAGAGGGCUCAGAGGUGGCACAAAGCUAAGGUCCUUAGAUCUAAGCAGCUGGCUGUCAUUCCUGGAGAGGAAGCCAGAGUAGUAAUGAGCCUAGUCACACAAGCAAUGCUGUGAAGAGGGGUUCUGCCACAAUUGAUUGUUCAUUUCCAAGACCCAUGCUACCAAGUCCAACCUUCUAACACAAGGAACAGGCAAAUCAUUCCCUUGCCUCUGUGAGGUAAUGUGGAAAGACAGUCCAUACAGUUUUAUUUUCUAGUUCCAUAUUAGGGAGAAAGCUCCAAAAUAAUGAUCAGCUUCCUGCUUCACAGAAGCCCAAGCUUUUGGGGCACACACACUCACCACUUUUAAACACCAGCAUUUAUAUUUUUUCCCCCAACCUAAAAAGGAAUCACCAGCCUUUUACUAAGGAUCCAGUGAAAGUGAAGGGAGCCCUCAGGCCUUAUGAAGAACAGGAAAAGUAGGCUUGGACCAGAUCCCCUCUUAGGCCCCAUGUUCCCCAGCCUGAUCAUCCAAAACAUGAAAGAAAACUAAGUGCCUUGGGAUGGAUCCUGUUAUUUAUGCUUGCUGCACAGACAAUAGUAGGAAAAAAAAAAAAAAAAAAGCUUUGUAUUAUUCUUCUUCCACAUAUGCUGGCUGCUGUUUACAUACCCUGCCAAUGCCUUAGCACUGGAGAGCUUUUUUGCAAUAUGCUGGGGGAAAGGGGAGGGAGGGGAUGAGACAUGCCAAAGAAAACAUGUUUUUAAAGGCUUGGGUUUUUAUACAGUAGAAUGUUUUCUAGCAGAUGCCUCUUGUUUUAAUAUAUUAAAAUUUUGCAAAGCCCUUUGAGCC